AGGGGCUCCCUCUACAGACCAGACCAGCAGGCAGAGGAGGAGGAUGAUGAUCUGAUGGAUGAGAGUCAAGGAAAAGGCAUCAGAGUCCUGGGUGUGGCCUUCGCAGACAGCAGAGACACGCCAGUGUUCUGUUCACUGAUCAACGGCGAGGGAGAGGUGGUGGACUUCCUCCGUCUGCCCUACUUCCUGAAGAGGAGGAACGCAUGGAAGGAGGACGAGAGAGACAAAAAGCUCCAGGACAUUGAGAACCUGAAGAAGUUCCUGACCAGUAAGAAGCCUCACGUGGUGGCUGUUGCCGGGGAGAAUAGGGACGCCCACAUGAUAAUGGAGGACAUUAAGAGGACAGUGAGUGAGUUGGAACAGGAGUCUUCUCUGCCUGCUGUGGGAGUGGAGCUGGUAGACAACGAACUGUCCAUGCUCUAUAUGAACAGUACCAAAUCUCAGGUACACACACAC